AUGUCUACAACACCCUAUUUGAUUACUGAUUCCUCUGCUGAAUCUUUUUUUAAAAAUAUUCAAAAUUCUCUUCAGGCAGCUAUAAGCUCUACUAAAUUGAAUCUUAAAAAUUCUAAUAAACAUGAUUAUAAAUAUUCUGCUAAAAGCAAUCACUCAAAUAAACAACGAUUUAGACAAAAACUUAACCCAGUUCGUAAAUAUAUUGAUAAACUAAAUGACAAGCUUAGUGACAAAGUCUUUAAAGUUUGCAAAAUAUGCAAUAAUAAGUGGGUUGAAGAAAUAUCAAUUUCAACUGUAAAAAGUCACUUUAAAAGCAAACAUCCACUUAUUUUUAAAGAUCUUCAACAAAACUCCUUGAAAAUUAGAUCAGGCUGUCAAAGUUCAAAUCGAAAGGUUCUAGUACAAUUUGAUCUGCUAAUAGAUGCUCAAACUGAAAAAUAUGGUCGGCUUUCUCUAUACUAG